AGAAGAAGAAGAAGAAGAAGGAGGAGGAAGAGGAAGAGGAAGAGAAGGAAGAGAAGGAGAAAAAGAAGAAGAAGAAGAAGAAGAGACCCAGCCCCUCUGUAAACCAGCACAGAGAAGCGUCCGGGUUUCCACCCCUUUGCCGAUUAAUUUGGUAGCAGGAUAGCGACGGACUAAAUCGGGAAUGGCUCCUGUCCGUUUUCCACACAAGUUAUAAAAUGCUAUAUCAGUACGGGUUAUUAAUGUUACAGUUUAACGCAGGUUUGUUUUUCACCUCCACGGUCUACGGUUACUUCCUGGUGCCACAGAUAGAGGCAGUGCUGAGUUAAAGAGACAGAAAUAUACUGAUAGAAAUUCAGAUAGAAAAAAAAUACUGAGAGAAGAGAGGGGUUGGAGACGCGAUAGGAACAGUUGACUGGAUUCCCAGAAAUUGAAAACCCUCUCUCUCUCUUCCUAUUUAUAUGUAUUUUUGAUAUUUCUUUGUUAAACCGAGUCGGUAUUCUUCGUUGGUUUGUAAACUAACACACGGUUUGGAUGACGGCUGGCUGCGGCUAAAGCGGAAUUGUAACGGGGGAACAUAUUCCUCCCUCCGACGGAGAAGCCUCGCAGAGAUUUUCCCUUUUUAUUUUACAGUGGACUCAUUACUGUGUUAUUUUUAAACCACAAAAUCAUCCCGGGUGUUAUUUUAUAUAUUUUUUACGAUUCCACAAGGAAGGGUUAGGGCGACGGAAGAUGGGUUGUUUGGGCAACAGCAAGACUGAAGAUCAACGCAUCGACGAAAAGGCACAACGAGAGGCUAAUAAAAAGAUAGAAAAACAGUUACAAAAGGAAAGACAAGCGUAUAAAGCCACACACAGGCUCUUAUUACUGGGUGCGGGAGAGUCCGGAAAAAGCACCAUUGUGAAGCAGAUGAAGAUUCUACACGUCAACGGCUUUAACGCGGAAGAAAAGAAACAGAAAAUCCAAGAUAUUCGGAAAAACGUGAAGGAUGCCAUAGUGACUAUAGUGUCUGCGAUGAGCACUUUAAUACCCCCAGUUCCGCUAGCCAAUCCAGAGGACCAAUUCAGAAUCGAUUACAUCAAAAGCAUAGCACCUCUCUCCGACUUCGACUACUCACAGGAGUUCUUUGAUCAUGCAAAGAAGCUGUGGGACGACGAAGGAGUGAAGGCAUGCUUUGAGAGGUCCAAUGAGUACCAGCUCAUCGACUGUGCACAAUAUUUCCUGGACAGAAUUGACUCUGUAAGACAGAACGACUACACACCAACGGACCAGGACCUGCUACGCUGCCGAGUGUUAACAUCAGGGAUUUUCGAGACGAGGUUCCAAGUAGACAAAGUGAACUUUCACAUGUUUGAUGUUGGAGGCCAGAGAGAUGAAAGGAGAAAAUGGAUCCAGUGCUUUAACGACGUCACUGCUAUCAUCUUCGUGGUGGCCAGCAGCAGCUACAACAUGGUAAUAAGGGAAGACAAUAACACCAACAGGCUACGGGAAGCCCUGGACCUCUUCCGCAGUAUUUGGAACAACAGAUGGUUACGCACUAUAUCGGUCAUAUUAUUCCUGAACAAGCAGGACAUGCUGGCUGAGAAAGUAUUAGCUGGAAAAUCCAAAAUUGAAGACUACUUCCCCGAAUACGCUCGCUACACCAUACCAAAUGAAGCAACUCCUGAACCUGGUGAAGACCCAAGAGUGACGAGAGCCAAGUUCUUUAUCCGAGACGAGUUUCUUCGGAUCAGCACUGCGAGUGGCGACGGAAGACAUUACUGCUACCCCCACUUCACCUGCGCCGUGGACACAGAGAACAUCCGGCGGGUGUUCAACGACUGCCGGGACAUCAUCCAGAGAAUGCACCUGCGGCAGUACGAACUCUUGUGAUGGGAGACCACCUCCGUCAGCCUUCUGUGUUUUUCUCCACCAUUCUGCAUCCUUGACAAACCCCUCCUCCUCCACCCUUACUCCUCCCCCCCCCC